ACGACUUAAAAUUAAAUUAAACUUCUGCGUUUGUUUAAACUUUUGAAAUUUAUUAACUGUAUAAUUAUUCAUUUUCCAAUAUUAUCGACAUCAUAAGUAUUUCUUUGUGUACUCAAUUGCCUUUGGAUUUCGUCAAAGUCAAAUAAAUAAACAAACCAUAAACGAAUUGGUUCCGAUGAGCUUUCAUAGAUAUUAUAGGAGUAAGUGAAUUGAAAGAACAUUUAAAUCGAAAGGCGAAAAUAAUGAAGUUCAGAUCAAUUAAUAAAUAUAGAUGCUGCAAAAAUAUCUGACACUGGGGUAGUUUCGGUACCUGAUGCAGACAGAGGUACAAAGUUGGGAACUAAUUCAUUAUCAUGGUUUCAUUAAUUAUUUGUUGGUACACGAAUUGCAUUUAUAAUCACUCUAUCGGCCAGCAACCAACAACGAGCGCUUAAAACCAUCACGCCACCGCGCUGCUUCACAUUAAGCGAAACACACCAGACUAUAAAACGUUGUGUUAAUGCUUCAUUCCGGCACAACACAAUUUUUGUGCAAUUUUUUAAUCUUUAGCAAUAAAAAAUGAUCCGGAAAUGUCAGAAACAACUUCUAUAGUAAUGAUCAGUUGUUUUGAAUUAAUCAUCGUUGGAAAAUUCUUGUCUAUAAUGUGGCGCCUAAUUUGGGAUAAUCAACUAUGCAUGGUAUUAUCUAAACUUGAAACAAUUCACGAAAGAUUGUUUCGCUUGCAUGUGGUCGGGCCGAUGAAAGUAAAAUUCAAUUGGUUUUUCGUUAUUCUAAUUAUUGUAAACGUUAUAGCAAUUAUUAUAACUCCGAUCGUAUGGAUGACGAAAAAUAUCAAACAUUUACAAAUAAUAGAUUUGAUUAUGCAGUUGGUUUUUAAUGUUUUUCAAUGCAUUGCGUUUUUUGAAUAUACAUUACUUGUAUUGUACAUACAGUGGAUGAUCUACAUGAUAAAUGAACAAAUUCCGAAAAGAACAUCAUGUUUAAGUUCAUUCAGAGAUCUGUAUUUGGAAGUUAUAGAAUGCUUAAGUCAAGUCAAUAGAUCAAUAUAUGGUUUGCCAGCAAUAGUUGUUUUUAUUGCAUCAAGUAUCGCUGAAAUCAUUCUUUCAUUUUACUGUACUAUAUUAUUCCCCAGAGACUACAUCAAUGAUCCUUAUUUUGUAUUUUCUUUUAUAUCAAUAUUUAUAAGAACAUCCUAUAUAUUACUAUUAUACGGGAUAGCUCACGUCACGGCAAAAGAGAUAAAUCACACGAGUCUUGUUUUGUUUCAACGUUCAUUAAUAGAAAGAAAUCCUAGAAUUAAACGUCAGAUCAAGUUUUUUUUACUACGAAGAUUGCACGAAUACUUUCAUUUUGAGUUAUAUGGAAUAUGUCAAAUUAAUCAAAGACAAUUACUUAUUUUAUCAAACAAAGCAUUUGCUUAUUUAAUUAUUCAAAUUUUGUUCAAAUUAAAUAAAUAACAAGCAGAUACAAUUAGUGGGUAUUGGUUUAGUCUGUGAACAUUUUGAUUUCGAUUAAGCUAUGUUAAUUUGAUGUGUGAAAUUCAGUGAUAAUCAUUAAUCAUAAGAACCCGCAUAGUUAUGAUAUACGAAAAAUGAUUCAGAGCUAGAACGAUGAUUCUACUUACUCUAUAUCUAAGCAUAUUUAUAUUAGAUUAGUUUAACUAUAAUUUAUUUCUUUUUCCGUGACUCGCGUUGGAUCGAAAUAAUGUUUACUAAAAACCUCGCUUAAUAUAUUUUAUAAUUAUAUUAUUUUAAUAUAUUUAAUAAAUUAUUUUUGUUUUUAACUGUGUCA